CCGGGGCCGUCAUCGCCGAGCGCCGUCGCCAAGGACACGGCGCCCGCCGGGACCGGGAGCGGGGCCGGGGCCUCGCCAUGGGCGGCUUCAGCGCGGACGAGCGGCUGCGGCUGCAGCAGCUCCGCGUCCUGCGGCGGCGCUGGCUGCGGGACCAGGAGCUGAGCGAGCGGGAGCCCGUCCUGCCGCGGCGGCAGCCGGGGCCCGUGGCCGCCUUCUGGGAGCGCUUCCUGCAGCCCGGCGGCCUCUGGAGGCAGCGGGUGUUCCGGGCCUACCAGGCCGGCGGCUUCCUCGUGGCGCAGGUGCUGAUCCCCGCCUGGCUCGUCCACUACUACGUGAAGUACCAUGUCAUGAGGGCGCCGUACGGAAUCGUCUCGUCCAACCCGGCAAUAUUCCCGGGGGACAGAAUUUUAGAGACGGGAGAAGUUAUUCCACCCCUGAAAGACGAAUCUGCUGGGCACCACUGAUGGCUGAAAACCGAUUUCCUCUGUGAGCAAACAAGGCGAGAACUGCAGCCAGCUGCUCAUUCACUUAUAAAAAAGUCUUUAUCCUGC